CCCCGAGGCCCCUUCCGCCCCCCCGGGCUGAGGAAAAUGUCGCUGAAAUGGGGGAAAACCCGCCAGGUGACUCGUUCUGGCGUCAGGGGCUUUAAUUAGUUCACCUUGAUGAGGAACAAGUCCUGAACAAACGGAUUUGAGCGUCUCGCAGGCCAAGGACACCCCAGGCCUGGCGGGAAAAGGGCUGCAAACCCCCCCCCCACUUCAGGAGUUAAUUUUACCCGCUCAAACCCGACAAAGGUCAAACUCCACACCUGCCAGACGCUGGUCUGCAGGUCUUCAUGGGCAACCACCAAGAUUUGGAUGAUCCUCAGAUCGGAAACCACAUCCAGGCAGGGGUGACAAGCGUUGCCUGAAGGGCCACCCUGUGUCUUCAGGCCACCAUGUGUCUUCAGGAGUUGAACUCCAUCUGACUCCAUCACUUCAUGGUGCUACUGCAGGGAGAGAAGAGGAGAAACCAAAAAUCCCAGGAUGCUUGGAAAGAGCAAUUCCAUCCCCCACCAGGCCUCCAGGGGAUGGACUAGAUGGUCUUCAGAGGUCCCUUCCAACCCUGACCACUUGGUGACUCUGGCUGUUCCUUGUCAGACCAGCCAUGGUCAGCAGGUCUGAUCUUCACUGAUCUCAGGUCACUCGCACCUUGGCACCACUCCCAGGAGCUGCAGGUGGUUUCACUUUCACCUGCCCAGGAAGCCCAGCACCAGCCGUCAUGGUGGAGGCCGUCUCCCUCUCCAGGGACCCUGUAGGACAACUCAGCUUCCAGAAGGCCAUGGCACAGAAAACAAUGCUGAGGACCUCCCUGGAGAGGACUGGUCCCACCUACACCUACAAGGUGGUCCUGCUGGGUAGCACAUCAGUGGGAAAGUCGAGCCUGGCCUACAGAUACGUCAAAAAUGACUUCAAGGAGUCACUGCCAACCGUGGGAUGCUCCUUCUUCACCAAGAUCCUCAACCUGGACGUGGCCACCAUCAAGUUGGAGAUUUGGGACACUGCAGGCCAGGAGAAGUACCAGAGCGUUUGCCACCUCUACUUCCGGGGCGCCCACGCUGCUCUUCUCGUUUAUGACAUCACUGAUGAGGAAACCCUCAGCAGAGCAAAGCUGUGGCUGAGGGACCUGGAGAAGGAGUUCCUGCCCGAUGAGAUAGUCAUGGCUUUGGUGGGCAACAAGAUUGACCUGGCUGCUGAGAGAGAGGUCACCACCGAGGAAGGGGAAGAGUUUGCAAGGACCAAAGGCCUCCUGUUCAUGGAGACAUCUGCCAAAUCCAACCACCAGGUGAAGGAUGUCUUUAUGGCCAUGGCCCAGGAGCUCCUGAGGAGGGAGCAGGAGAAGACCUCAGCCCCCUCCCCACACAGGGGGUCAACGGUGGAGCUGGAGGACAGCAGGGGGAGGACAAAGUGCUGCCAGCUCUGAGUAGGGGACAGCUGGGACCUCCCUGGUGGCUGGAUGAGGUCUCCAAGAGGAGCAGUGACAAAGCAGGGACACACAGAGCGGCUCAGCCUGGCCACCCCCCACCUGGGAGAAGGUUAGAGCCCAUUUUGGGCCACAGGGACCUCCAGCCCUGGCUUCAUCCAAGAGAUAAAGCACAAGGAGGGUGUGGUUCUUCCACCAAGGAAGUUCUCUAGAAGUUCACCCCCCUGGCCCAGCUUCAUGUCUCCUCUGUGCCUCUUCCCAGCCAACAAGGGAGGGUUUAACUCAGGGAGUGAAGCAGGAACAUCCCAGGGCUGCAAAUAAAGGGAACGUGUCCCUCAA